GCUAGCUAACUGCCUAGCUCGAUCGAGUGACCAGGAAUUACAGCUGAGAGCUAGCGACGAUGGCCAAGCUGUUGGUCGCGCUGGCCGUGUUGCUGGUCGCGUUAAUGGGCUGCGUGGCGCGGCCUUGCCAAGCAGGGUACGGGUAUCCCAACCCGAUGCCGCCCGCCCCGGGGAGGCCCAAUCUUCCGCCUCCUGCCCAGGGGCCCAAGGCACCUUGCCAUCCACCACCUGGUCCAAGGGCGCCGAUGAGACCUCCGCCGCCAAGCUCUCCCCCACCGCCCGCUCCGAUAAGCACACCCAGCUCACCGCCACCUGCUCCCAUAAGCACACCCAGUCCUCCGCCCCCUGUCCCAAUAACCACACCAAGCCCUCCGCCUCCUGCCCCGAUAAGCCCAUCGAGUCCACCGCCACCCGCACCGAUAAGCACACCCAGCCCACCUCCGCCCACACUCAGCCCUCCACCGCCUGCCCCGAUAAGCACACACAGCCCUCCUUCGCCCACAGCAAGCCCUCCGCCGCCCGCCCCGAUAAGCACACCAAGUCCACCUCCACCAGCCCCGGUAAGCACGUCCAACCCACCCCCACCCGUCCCUAUAAGCACACCGAGCUCACUGCCGCCCACACCGAGCCCUCCGCCUCCCGUCCCGAUAAGCACACCCAGCCCUCCGCCACCCGCCCCAAUAAGCACACCCAGCCCUCCGCCUCCCGCCCCAAUAAGCACCACCAGCCCACCGCCGCCCACACCUAGCCCUCCGCCUCCCGCCCCGAUAAGCACACCGGGCCCACCUCCGCCGACCCCGAGCCCUCCGCCGCCCGCCCCGGUAAGCACACCCAGCCCACCGCCACCCACACCUAGCCCCCCGCCGCCCGCCCCGAUAAGCACACCGAGCCCACCGCCUCCCACACCCAGCCUUCCACCUCCCGCCCCAAUAAGCACACCGAGCCCACCGCCACCCACACCUAGCCCUCCGCCGCCCUCCCCGAUAAGCACACCGAGCCCACCGCCGCCAACACCUAGCCCUCCGCCUCCUCCACCAUCCACGCCUAGCCCCCCGCUGCCGACCCCGAGCCCACUGCCUCCACAGGGACUCACCGUCGGCCACUACAACAAUAUAUGUCUCCAAGCAGAAGCCAUUGUCAGAAAUGCUGUCAGUGCGGCUAGCGCCGGCACCAUGGCCGGGCUCAUCCGUCUCUUCUUCCAUGACUGCUUCAUCCGGGGUUGCGAUGCCUCCGUGCUGCUUGACCAGACCGAUCCCAACAACCCGCCGGAGAAGCUCGGCGUCCCAAACCUGACCUUGCGAGGGUUCGAGGUGAUCGACGCGGCCAGCGCCAAGAUCCUGGAGGCAUGCGGCAAUGUCGUCUCAUGCGCCGACAUCCUGGCCUUCGCCAGCCGCGACGCCACCUUCUUCCUCAGCGGCAGGAAGGUCGACUUCGACAUGCCUGCCGGCCGCUUCGACGGGAACGUGUCCUUGGCCAGCGAGACGCUCCCGAACCUGCCGCCGCCAUUCGCCACCGUGAACGACCUCAAGGCCAAUUUUGCCUCCAAGGGGCUCACCGCCGACGAGAUGGUCACCCUCUCCGGCGCACACACCAUCGGAGUCUCCCACUGCUCGUCCUUCUCCAGCCGCCUCACCAGCACUUCCGACAUGGAACCUGGGCUCAAAAGCUCCCUGCAGAGUCAAUGCAGUUCCAACACCGGCAGCGACAACACGGUCUCACAAGACUUGAGGACCCCCGACCAGCUGGACAACCAGUACUACAAGAACGUGCUCAGCCGCCAGGUGCUCUUCGAGUCAGACGCCGCGCUCUUGACGGCGACGGACACAAGCGCGGCAGUGCGCGCCAACGCCGGGGACACGGGCCAGUGGGAGGAGAAGUUCAAGGCAGCCAUGGUGAAGAUGGGUGCCAUCGAGGUCAAGAGCAGAGCCAACGGCGAGAUCAGGAGGAGCUGUCGCGUCGUUAACACAAGAUAGAGAUCAUGGGCUGCUUGCGAUCAGAUCGAUCCAUUGCAAGUUCUCGACGACUUGUGAAUAAGCUCGCGCUUUCUCCCUGUGCUUGGAAUUUGGAUUAGUUCCCAUUUGUUGCUUAACCCUUUCUUUUACAUCUCUCUCUCUCUCGAUUCUUUCCAAUUUGUAUUACCUCCUCUCUAGUGUUGUACUAGUUUCUCGUUUGACUUACACUAAUUGUAACAUUUUGUACAAUGAUGUGAAGAGAUCAUAAUGGUUCUUUAAUUAUUCAGAUUUA